UCCUCAGAAACAUGGCGGCGCCCCGGAUAGUCAUGCCGGUGCUCGGGCGCAUCAUGUGCCGGGUGUCCUUGCGGCAUGUUCGGGCGUAUACCGUGGGCAGUCACAGAACCAAGUCUGUGGGAAGUGAGGAGGACGAUCAAAGAUUGGAGACAGCGCCCGCGGAAAUUAUGAAGAGAGAUACAAAUCACCUGCUAAAGGAGUUCCCAGAGCCGAAGCAUUUACUGAACAAUACGAUUUGCAGAGCACUGAAGGUCUCCGAGAUUAGCGACAAACUUACGUACAUCCACACUAGCAACGCCAGGGAAAAUAAAGUGAUCCUACGCAUAAAAUGGCCAGAGCCCAUAGAGGUUGAGGGCUACGGACAAAAGAAAAUUGACGCAGAACGUCACGCAGCAGCUGCAGCAUGCAAGAUAUUCCAGAAACUGGGAUUGCUGGGCCCUGAUAAUGAGCCAAUGAACCACAAUAAAUACACCAGAAUGGCAAAUCCGUGCAGUUCCCUGGACAGUAACAGUCAGCCUGGCAUCUGUGACUUAACGGAAGAGGACACAGCAGGGCACCUGACCACAAAACAGAGGAAUAUUCCAUUUUGGAUGGACGAUAUGACAGAAAUAGAUCAGUUUGCACCCAAGGUGCAGCAGCAAAACAAAAGGUCCAGGAACCCAAGAUCUCCACAUGUUACUGCGGCUGAAGAUGCCACUGCUGAGAGGGCUCUGAGUCUCUUCUCCAAUCCCAAAACCGUCCUGUCAGCAGUAGUGCAGAGAGCCACUUCUGCCUCUUUCCGGGAGACUGUUCGUUUUCAGUGCGAUGGAGGCAAAAUCAAGACCUGCAGACUGACCCUGAAGUGGCCGGAGCCUCUGACCUUUGUCGCAAGCGGCCUGCGCAAAAUACUGGCUGAAAAUAAAGCCGCAGCACUGGCCUGUCUCAAGCUGAAGGAGCUUGGUCUGUUGGAUAAAAACAACAAGCCACUCACUCACGCCAUGUACAACCAGCCCUACAUUCAGCAGAUCAGAAAGCAGCAACGGCAGCCCAAGAUGUUCCGAGUCCCUGAACAUAUCCUUCGGAAGAUAGAGAAUUAUCUGUACCGGUACCCCUUAGAUUCUACUGAGAAGUCAUACACAGAAGAGGAUCCAGUAACCUUCCAGGAAGAGUCAGCAGGUGAUUGGGAUGAACCUUCCAGCAUGGUUAGUGACCCCAUCACUGGACAAGCUUAUACUCCCCUAUCUGCAGAGGAGGCAGUGCAGAUCAGCAGAAAGCUAGAAGAGUUAUGGAGGUUGAGGGAGUGUGAAAUGCAGGCCCUACAGUGUCUUCCCGCAGACUCCCAACGUCAGGCUAUUGUCUCUGCAAUUGAUAAACAUCCUGUGGUGGUGAUAGCAGGUGAUACUGGGUGUGGAAAGACCACCCGCAUCCCACAGUUUAUUCUAGAGAAUGACAUCCUUCGGGGACAAGGAUCUCACUGUAACAUUCUUAUCACACAGCCCCGCCGGAUCAGCGCUGUGUCAGUGGCUCACCGAGUAGGUCAGGAGCUAGGACCAAACCUGCGCAGGAACGCAGGCUACCAGGUGCGGCUGGAGAGCAUGCUGCCUCCCCGUGGAGGUGCUCUUUUGUUUUGUACAGUAGGUGUUCUACUGAGGAAGCUGCAGAGCAACCCUACACUGGAGGGAGUAAGCCACGUUAUAGUGGAUGAAGUUCACGAGAGGGACGUGAACACAGACUUUCUUCUUAUCCUGCUAAAGAGGGUGCGGCAGCUAAACCCACAGCUUAAAGUGGUUUUGAUGAGUGCCACUGGGGACAACGAGCGAAUCUCUAGGUACUUUGGGAACUGUCCAAUUGUUAGAGUGCCUGGCUUUAUGUAUCCUGUAAAGGAGCAUUAUCUGGAGGAUGUCAUGGGCAUACUGGGGAGGCGCUCCCAACAGCUUAAUACGACGGCUAACGAAUGUGCACCGGAUUUAGAUUUAAUUACAGAAGUGAUCUCACAUAUUGAUGAGAACGGAAAGCAAGGAGGAAUUCUCUGCUUCCUUCCGGGAUGGCAGGAAAUUCGUGGGGUGCAGCAGCGUCUAGAGGAAUACUUAUCUAAUCAAAGAGGACAGCACUUAAUCUUGCCAGUUCAUUCAAAUAUUCCAAUGAUGGACCAGCAGAGCAUAUUCCAGCGUGCCCCACCUGGCGUCCGCAAGAUCGUCCUGGCAACCAACAUUGCAGAGACCUCUGUGACGAUCGAUGACAUUGUGCACGUGGUGGACAGCGGCAUGCACAAACAGAACAGCUACGAUGUCAAGACAAAGGUUUCUUGCCUGGAGACCACUUGGGUGUCCAAAUCCAACGUUAUACAGAGACGUGGGCGAGCGGGGCGCUGCCAGCCUGGCUUCUCCUACCACCUCUUCACCCGCCAGCAAUAUGAAGAAAUGUCCACCUUCCAGGUGCCAGAGAUCCUCCGCAUACCCCUGGAGAACCUGGUAGUCCAGGCAAAGCUACAUAUGCCAGAGAUAACAGCUGUGGAGUUUUUAUCGCAAGCUCUAGAGAGCCCGGAACCUCAAGCAGUUGUUGAUGCAGUGCGGAUUUUGCAGGAGAUAAGAGUACUGGAUGACCAAGAGUGUCUGACAUUAUUGGGACAGCGAGUCGCUAAUAUUGCUACCGACCCCAGUUUGGCUAAAGCCAUUGUACUUGCGUCCAUAUACCGCUGCCUCUAUCCUCUACUGACAAUUGUGGCCUGUCUUACCAAGGAACCAUUCCACAACAGCCUGCUAAACCGAGCUAACGUUAACAAGGCCAAAGCAGCCCUGAGCGGGGAGACCUGCAGUGACCACAUGGCGUUUGUGAGAGCCUUGCAAGGCUGGGGAGAUGUUCUCAGUCAAAGGAACAGCGUCAGCAGAGAUCAUUUCUUGGAGACCAAUAUGCUGUCCAGAUCCGCCCUGCGCUUCAUCCAAGGUCUAAUCUCGCAGUUUUCAUCAAAUGUUUAUGAUGCGUUCCUGGUGUCUGACCAAGCUGAAUGCACUAAUGGGUACUCGCUGUGCAACCAGUUCAGUCAUGAGGAGGAGCUUGUGAAGAGCGUGCUUCUAGCGGGACUGUACCCCAACCUUAUCCAGGUGAGACGUGGUCACGUGACCAAGGGGAGGUUCAAGCCUAACAGUUUGCUGUACAAGAUACGAGGAGGGGCCGUGCUGCUCCACAAGACCACCGUUAACAGGGAUGAGAAGCAUUUCCGGUCCCCGUGGCUCACCUACUUCCUAGCCAUGAAGUCGAACGGCAGCGUUUUUGUGCGCGACAGCUCCAUGGUUCACCCGCUGGCUGUUCUGUUAAUGACUGACAGCUCUGCUCAUAUGAUGGAAAAUGGCGAGCAGAUUGUGAUUAGCCUUUCAGACUCGGACCUACUGAGGUUGGAGAGUGACUCUCGCACUAUAAUGCUGCUCAGUGAUUUGCGUAAUGCUCUGUCCCGAAUGGUAACGCGCUGCCUGCGCCAGGAAUUCCCAGAGGUGCCUCCCCACGUGCAGGAAGAGAACACACAGCUUCUGGCCUUACUGGUGGAUCUACUGAAUAGCACAUCUCACAGCUUCCAGGAGACACCUGAAAGUAUGAAAGAGGAGUGAUGAGCACUGUCCCUCUGUGUAUAUAGCUUUACCUUAUGUGUAUAAAUAAAGAUAUUUAUUGUC